GUUGUGUGAUGGUCCAGUGCUAGCUAGUUUACUUUGUUUGGUUUAAAAGAGUAGAGGAGUUACUGUUUCUUUGUCUACUAGACUUUAUACUUCGAGUGAAGAUGGAGUUUCUUGGCGACAGCUCUGAAACUGACAAGAAGAAGAUCAAGAAACGUUUUCACCGUCACACACCUCACCAGAUCCAACGCCUUGAAUCGACUUUUAAUGAGUGUCAACAUCCAGAUGAGAAACAAAGGUUACAACUUAGCAAAGAACUUGGUUUAACUCCAAGACAGAUCAAGUUUUGGUUUCAGAACCGAAGAACUCAAAAGAAGGCACAACACGAGAGAGCUGAUAACUGUGCACUCAAGGAAGAGAAUGAUAGGAUUCGUUGCGAAAACAUUGCUAUUAGGGAAGCUAUCAAACACGCCAUUUGCCUUAGCUGUGGUGAUGCUCCUCUUCAUGAAGACUCUUACUUUGAUGAACAGAAGCUUCGAAUCGAAAAUGCACACCUUAGAGAAGAGCUUGAAAGGGUUUCAAGCAUUGCAGCUAAAUUCAUGGGAAGACCACUUUCUCAUCUCCCACCACUACUCAACCCAAUGCACCUUUCGCCAUUUCACAGUGGCCCUUCCCUUGAUUUUGAUCUUCUUCCAGGAAGUAGUAGCUCUUCAAUGACCGUUCCUACUUUACCAUCUCAACCAAACUUGGUUUUAUCAGACAUGGAUAAGUCUCUUAUGACCAACAUUGCUGUGACCGCUAUGGAAGAGUUGCUUAGGCUUACACAAACGGAUGAGCCUCUAUGGAUGAGAACCGGUGGAUGCAGAGAUGUUCUCAAUCUGCAAAGCUAUGAGAAUAUGUUCCCAAGAUCAAGUAGUCAUGGAGGAAAGAACCACAACGUUAGAAAGGAAGCAACUAGAUCUUCUGGCGUUGUGUUCACUAAUGCAAUGACACUUGUGGACAUGCUCAUGGACUCUGUCAAAUUUUCAGAGUUUUUUUCUUCAGUUGUUGCAUCGUCUCAAACACUUGCGGUGAUUUCAUCUGGAAUGGGUGGUUCACAUGGAGAUGCAUUGCAUUUGAUGCUUGAAGAGCUUCAAGUGCUUUCUCCAUUGGUACCUACUCGUGAGUUUAGUGUGAUAAGAUAUUGUCAGCAAAUCGAACAUGGAACUUGGGCUAUUGUAAAUGUCUCUUAUGAGCUUCCUCAGUUUAUAUCUCACUCUCGGUCAUAUAAAUUUCCUUCUGGUUGCUUGAUUCAAGACUUGUCAAAUGGCUAUUCCAAGGUUACUUGGGUUGAACAUGUUGAUGUCGAGGAGCAAGAACCUAUUCAUGAGAUGUUUAAAGAAAAUGUCCGUGAAGGAAUAGCUUUUGGAGCUGAACGUUGGAUCGCUACUCUCCAAAGAAUGUGCGAGAGAUUCACUGCUCUACUUGAACCCGCAACAUCAUCCCGUGAUCUCAAAGGAGUGAUUCCAUCGCCAGAAGGAAAGCAAAGUAUAACGAGACUUGCUCAAAGAAUGGUUAGCAAUUUCUGCUUGAGCGUUGGCACAUCUAACAACACUCGGACACCUGUUGUUUCGGGACUGGAUGCAUUUGGAAUCCGUGUGACUUCGUAUAAGAGCCAGCAUGAACCAAAUGGAAUGGUUCUAUGUGCAGCCACUAGUUUCUGGCUCCCAGUUUCUCCACAAGACGUCUUUAAUUUCCUCAAAGAUGAAAGAACACGACCUCAGUGGGACGUUCUUUUGGAUGGAAACUCGGUUCAAGAAGUUGCUCAUAUUGCAAACGGAUCACACCCUGGAAACUGCAUUUCUGUUCUGCGUGGUUUCAAUGCAUCAUCAUCACAAAACAACAUGCUGAUUCUACAAGAAACCUGCGUAGACUCAUCAGGCUCUCUUGUGGUCUACACUCCAGUAGAUCUACCAUCUCUGAACAUGGCAAUGAGCGGUCAAGACACUUCUUAUAUUCCUAUUUUACCCUCUGGUUUUGCUGUUUUACCAGAGGGAGGCAGGAAUAACCAAACCACAGAGGUUAAAGCUGAAGGAAGAGGAGGAGGUUCAUUGAUAACGGUUGGGUUUCAGAUAAUGGUGAGUAGUUUGCAGUCAGGGAAAUUGAAUAUGGAGUCAAUGGAAACAGUUAAUAAUCUCAUCAGUACUACUGUCCACCAAAUUAAAACCACCUUGAAUUCUCCUUCAACUGCUUAAUUGAGGACGCCAUUAAUAUAGCUCAUUUUCCCAUCUGAUUUCUGAGAAGGGUCUUCAAUGAUCAGAGAAGUGAAAGUUAUUAAGUAGUAGUACUACUACUUAUUUUGCCUUUAAUUCCAGCAAAGUGUGUAAGAAGUCAUUACUCUUCUGAGUAUUUGUCUCCUCUUCACUCUCUUGUCCUUUUUUUUGUGUGUUUUGUAUGUCUGAAAUGGGAAUAUCUAGUGGGAAGGGGGGAGUCAAGAAC